UAAAUUGGCUUUAGCUAUACUAGUGGAAAGUGAGGAAACAUCAAACAGAAGUGAACAGAAGUUUGGGUAGGAGGCUUCGCUGCAGGAUUAUUUACGUGCGUAAUAAACGUUCAGCACUUAUCGUCACAAUGUCCUCUACGCGUCCUGACGAUCAUCGUCGGAAGUGGAAUAGGGAGGAAUACGAACGUAUAGCGCUACAAAGGCUUCAAGAUGAGAUUGCCGAAGAGGACUUGGGUAUUCCUAAACAGCCAGCGGUUAAAAGAGAGCUGCUCAAACAGCGUGAUUACAAGGUUGAUCUUGAAUCAAAACUUGGAAAAAGUGUUGUCAUCAAUAAAAAUACACCAUCAUCGCAGACUGGAGGAUAUUAUUGCAAUGUCUGCGACUGUGUCGUUAAAGACUCCAUCAACUUUUUGGAUCACAUUAAUGGCACGAAACAUCAACGUAACUUGGGAAUGUCCAUGAAAAUUGAACGCUCAUCAUUGGAUCAAGUUAAAGCGAGGUUUGCUCACAACAAAAAGAAAUUGGAAGAAAAAAAGAAAGAUUACGACCUUGAACAGAGAGUAAAGGAAUUGAAAGAAGAGGAAGAAAAAAUCAAGGAAUAUCGAAAAGAGAAGAGGAAAGAUCGGAAGCGGAAGUUAGACGAGGCCAAUGAGGACGACGCAGGACCUUCUGAUGAAAUGGCUGCAGUUAUGGGAUUUUCUGGCUUUGGCUCAAAAAAAAAGUGAGAUAAAAAUAGUGAAAUUGAUAUGUUUCAUUCUCUACUUGACGCGCGUGUAAUGAACAUGUUCCCAAAGUGUACACGGACGACUAAGAUGAGUUUGACAUCUUCAAGUGCAAUUGUGAUAACUCAAUUGUCAUGUUUCUGUUGGAUGCUCAUAGGAUGAAAAUCUGCGUUUGUUUGACCAGGUAAAUUACAUUAAUUAUAAACUAUAAUUUCUCAUGAAGUGAAUUAUUCGUAUUCUUCUUAAUUAAAAAAUUAAAUAACAGAUAUAUGAAUAACUGCAUGUCGUAUAUUUUCGGAAGUAUGAACUGCGAGAAAGAAGCAACAUUUAUCAAAUGUACGUAUUAUAAUUUUAUUUGCAGUGAACAUUGUCGGUAACAAAUUAAUUCAUAAAACGUGUUUCACUAGAAAGUAUACCGUACAGUGAAAAUAUAGAAUAAAUACAAAUUAAUGAUAUUUAACAAAAUGAAAGUAAGUAAAUAAUAAUUUUACAUGAAGAAGUUAACCUGUUAUAAAGCAAAUGAGGAUAUGAAAAAACAAAGAUUAAGAUUUUGAUUCAAUAUCAAACAUACUGCCACAUUAGUUUUAAUUGGGAUGGAAAGCUUUCACCUUAUAAACUUUGUCAUAUUCGCAAGAAUAAUUGGACAACA